AUGCCUCGUCAUGAAAAUGCCUUGUUGUUUUUUCCAGAGGCGAUCUCUACAGAGGUACCAGAACACUACUUGAUAACGAAUUUCAUCUUGUCCCGAUACAACAAGGGACUCAUACCAAAAAUGCUCCAAAAUGAAUCGAUCAAGGUGUCGUUCUCAAUGGAACUGUACCAGAUUAUCCAAGUGAAUGAACCACAACAGUACCUCAUGCUGAACGCUUGGAUUGUUGAGCGCUGGGUUGACAAUCUGCUCGGAUGGGAUCCCGGAGGAGUUCUCAAAUGUCACGGAAAUCAUGCUUCCGUACGAUAA